AUGCAAGUCCAAGAUCGCAACUUUCCGCCGCCCGAUUCCCCCAAAACCCACAAGUCUCAGUCCAGGGCCAAACCCUUUUCGAUUCACUCCAAGAAUCUCGAUUUCUCCACAUGGGCCUCCGAGAAUCUGUACAAAAUCCUGACGAUUCUCCUCCUGAUCGCCACCGUCGCCGCCCUCUUCUUCCUCCGGAACUACUCCACUGGCGGCGGGGACGCGACGGCGCUGCUGUGCCUCCAGUCCGCCCAGUCGCACUCAGUCCACCCCAAGCUCCCUAAGGUCAUUUGGAACUCGAUCGACCGCAUUGUUGAUAAAACGACGCCGUAUUCCAGCUUCCGAUCCGAGAAAUGGAUCGUUGUAUCGGUUUCGGAUUAUCCAUCUGAUGUUUUGAGAAAAAUGGCUAAGCUAAAAGGAUGGCAAGUGCUCGCGAUUGGGAAUUCCAAGACUCCAAAAGACUGGAAUUUGAAAGGCGCUAUAUAUUUAUCAUUGGACGUGCAAGCUCAACUGGGUUUUAGAGUAACAGAUUACUUGCCUUACGAUUCAUAUAUUCGAAAAACCGUCGGCUAUCUAUUUGCUAUUCAACACGGUGCGCAAAAAAUCUAUGAUGUGGAUGAUCGAGGUGAAGUAAUCGACAAUGACAUCGGCAAGCAUUUUGAUAUUGAGCUAAUCGGCGAGAGUGCCCGACAGGAAGUCAUCUUACAGUACAGCCAUGAAAAUCCCAAUCGAACAGUCGUGAACCCAUACAUACAUUUCGGGCAAAGGACCGUUUGGCCGAGAGGACUGCCGUUAGAAAAUGUGGGUGAAAUUGAGCACGAAGAGUUUUACACUGAGGUUUUCGGAGGCAAACAGUUCAUCCAGCAAGGGAUCUCGAAUGGGCUGCCAGAUGUUGACUCGGUUUUUUACUUCACAAGGAAGGCCAGCUUAGACUCGUUCGAUAUAAUAUUCGACGAUCGUGCCCCUAAGGUCGCAUUGCCCCAGGGGACAAUGGUCCCGGUUAACUCAUUCAACACGAUUUUCCACUCGUCGGCAUUUUGGGGUUUAAUGCUGCCUGUCUCGGUUAGCACUAUGGCUUCGGAUAUUUUGAGGGGUUAUUGGGCUCAGAGAAUUUUAUGGGAAAUCGGGGGGUAUGUAGUGGUUUACCCCCCAACUGUACAUAGACACGAUAAAAUCGAGGGGUACCCUUUUUCGGACGAAAAGGACCUCCACGUGAACGUUGGCCGGUUGAUUAAUUUCUUAGUCGAGUGGAGAUCGAACGAGAAGCAUCGAUUAUUCGAGAAAAUCUUGGAAUUGAGUCACGUUAUGGCCGAGGAAGGCUUUUGGACUGAAAAAGAUGUACUUUUUACGGCCGCUUGGCUUCAAGAUUUGCUUGCUGUCGGUUAUCAGCAGCCUCGUUUGAUGUCUUUAGAAUUGGAUCGGCCGAGAGCUGCGAUUGGGCACGGGGACCGAAAGGAGUUUGUGCCUCAAAAACUCCCGUCGGUUCAUUUAGGGGUCGAGGAAAUCGGGACUGUUAAUUAUGAGAUCGCGGAUUUGAUACGGUGGAGGAAGAAUUUCGGGAAUGUUGUGCUCGUGAUGUUUUGCGGUGGGCCCGUCGAGCGAACGGCUUUGGAGUGGAGGUUGCUUUACGGGAGGAUAUUCAAGACGGUAAUUAUGUUGUCGGAGGGGAAAAAUGAUGAUCUCGUCGUGGAAGAAGGGCGGUUGGAUUAUAUUUACAAGUUUUUGCCUAAAUAUUUCGAAAGAUACACCAGUGCAGAGGGCUUUCUAUUUCUAAAAGACGAUACUGUCCUCAACUACUGGAACUUGCUCCACGCUAACAAAUCUAAGCUCUGGAUAACAAAUAAGGUAUCAAAAUCUUGGAUGAGCAUUUCAACUGCCGGCAAUGAUUGGUUUGCCAAGCAAGCAGAGAAUGUGAACAAAGUUGUCUCAACAAUGCCAGCUCAUUUUCAAGUCAACUACAAAGAAAACGUUAAAAAUCAACAAGAAAAUGAAAAUCUCAUAAUGUGCAAUUCGGAGGUCUUUUACAUCCCUCGGCAUUUGGCGCCCGAUUUUACUGACCUAGUUAAUCUAGUGGGCGAACUCGAUAUUCACCACAAGAUCGCUAUACCAAUGUUCUUCCUAGCCAUGGAUUCGCCUCAGAAUUUCGACGGGGUUUUUGAUAAAAUGAAAUAUAAGCAAAAGCUACAGAGUAAUUCUACUUCAUUUUAUUCGGCUGAUGUGCCAGCUGUUCACCCAUGGAAUGUGUCUAGCGAGCAAGAUUUUAUAAAGCUUUUGAGAUUAAUGGCGGCAGAGAAGCCACCAAUGGCGUGUAGUUCAGGGACCUGCCAAUCGGGUUGCUAUCGGAACGAAUAUUCCGGCGGAGAAGACGAUCAGAAGCAACAUAAGGCGUCGGAAAAUGGGGUCGAGCCCAAUUUUGCUUCCCCUCGGGGCGGCGAUUUGAGUGUUCGCAGCAUCUGCGUUAAAUGCAAGGUUACCGAAGCCAUGGUCUCUACGCACCCCGCGGUUGCUGGAGGCGGCGGCGGAGACGGAGGAAGAUACUGCGCCGAUUGCUUCCGGAGUAAUUUGUUCGGGAAGUUCCGGUUCGCCGUCACUUCGAAUGCAAUGAUUUUGCCGUCCGAUAAUGUUCUCGUUGCAUUUUCCGGCGGUUCUUCAUCUAGGGUGGCUCUUCAAUUCGUUCAUGAGAUGCAACAAAAAGCCCAAAAGAAUUACGAUGCAAGUAGGGAAAAAACAUUGCCCGUAUUUCAAGUCGGGGUCGUGUAUAUUGAUGAAACUGCCAUUUAUCCAAUACCUUCUACUGAUUACGAUAGAUCCCUUGAUAAGAUGAGACUGAUUGUUUCAAGUUUAGCUCCUCCAGCAAAACAUUUUUUGGUCAUCCCAAUUGAAAGUAUUUGUACACCUGAUUUUAGUGCUGGGACUGGGAGAGAUCGAUUGACCAGUUUAAUUGCUGCAGUAGAUGAUGUUACUGGAAAAGAAGAUCUAGUAGAACAUCUCCGCAUGCAGUGUUUGCAAAAGGCUGCUUUUGAAAAUGGAUACACCAAAAUCAUUAUGGGAACGUGCACAUCCCGGAUAGCAUGUCGUGUACUUGAAGCAACAGUCAAGGGCCAGGGUUUCUCAUUAGCUGCAGAUAUACAGUAUGUCGAUGCUAGGUGGAAAGUACCAGUGAUGCUUCCUCUUCGUGACUGUCUAUCUGAAGAGCUGAAUAUGUUAUGCACUCUAGACAGUUUGAAGAUUAUAGAUGCAUUCAAGCAACCUCAUUCUGGCAUCAACGGCUUAAUAUCCUCAUUUGUUAAAUUAUUGAAGGAGGAAAAUCCAUCUCGAGAAAGCACAAUUGUACGAACUGCAGGGAAGCUCACGCCCUUUUGUUUUAACAGAACACCCGAAACUAACGAUCAGAAUACUCAAUCGGCAUCUAAGAGGAGGCAGAAGAAAUACAACUUGAAGCCUUACAGCGAAUCAUUGAUCCGAGAAUCGUUUUGUGUUGUUUGCAAAAGCCCACUAAAGGAAGCCAAGAGCUCGAGUCUUAACAGCUUUGGCAAUCAGGAAAAAAGUGCGAAAAUCCACUCGGAUGCUUGUUCAAGUUGCCAGUUCCAGAUUCUUCCAAAGGAUACUUCAUCUCUCGAGUACUUCUUAUCUCUGCUUCCAGAGUCAAUAGCAGCAAACCUUACUAAGGAUAAUCGAGACAGCCACGAGUUGCUUAGGGACCAAAUACAAGAUUGUUUGUUAUCGGAUAGUGAUGACGAGACUUAA